AAUAUAUGUUAUAUAUAUUAUAUAAUAACUUUAGAUAUAUAUAAAGUUAAGUGUAAACUGCUUUAGGCAGAUUCUUCAGGAGGUGUCUCAGAAGGCAGUACCCUAGGCUAUGUUUUGUGUUUGUGUCUUAGUUUUUAACCAAAAAGUUUAAAAAGUAAAAAAAAAAAUUAAAAAUAGACAAAACCUUAUAGAAUAAGAAUCUAAAGAAAAAAUACUUUUACAGCUAUAAAAUGUGUUACUGUUUUAAGCUAAGUAUUUUUACAAAAGAAUAAAAAAGUUUAAAAUUAAAAAGUUUAUAAAUUAAAACAUUACAGUAACCUAAGUUUAAUUUAUUAUUUAUGGGGAAAAAAUAGGAUGGGUACAGUGGUUCACACUUGUAAACCCAAUAGUUUGGGAAGCUCAGCAAAGAUGAUUGCUUGAGUCCAGGAGUUUGUGACCAGCCUUGGCAACAUGGUGAAACCUCAUCUCUACUAAAAAUGCAAAACAUUAGCUGAGGAGUGUGUUGGUACAUGCCUGUAGUCCCAGCUAUUUGGGAAACUGAGGUAGGAGGCUUGCUUAUGGCCAGGAGGUGAAGGGCAGACGUUGUGGUGAACUGUGAUUGUGACUCCAGCCUGGAUAACAGAGAUGGACCCUGUCUCCAAAAAUAAAAAUGGAAAGAAAAAAGAAAAAAAAAAUUGUUUCAAAGUAAAACAAUUUUAGAGUAAAACAAUUUUUAGUGUAACCUAAGUGUAUAACGUUUAUAAGGUCUACAGUAGUGGGCAAUAAUUUCCUAGGCCUUCACAUUCACUCACCACUUGCUCACUGACUCACCCAGAGCAGCCUCCAGUCCUGCAAGCUCCAUUUAUGGUAAGUGCCCUAUACUAGCGUACCGUAUUUAAUCUUUGCUAUUAUAUUUUUACUGUACCUUUUCUAUGUUUAGAUAUGCUUAGACAAAUACUAGUGUGUUACCAUUGCCUAUAGUAAUCAGUACAGUAACAUGCUAUAUUGAUUUGCAGCUUAGGAGCAAAAGCUUAUUCCAUAUAGCCUAUGUGUGUAUUGAGCUAUACUUUAUAGAUAUGUGUAAGUAUACUCUAUGAUGUUUGCAUAAAGAUGGAUUUGCCUAAUGUCACAUUUCUCAGAAGUGCCUUUGUUGUUAAUUGCUGCAUGACUGGUACUCUUAGAAGAAUGGUAGACCAGAUUUCACUCAUGCCAUGCUGUCACAGCCCCUCACUGCACAAAGGAAAAUAGUUUUGGUGUUGAGCAUAGCAAGGUAGUAAGAAAAGCAUCUGAGUUAUUGUAACUCUGAAGUCACAAGAGAUUUACAUGCCAAAUUUAUAUCACAGAUGUUUCCAAAACAUUGAAAUGUUUAUUAAUGAAAAGUAAAGCCACCAGUAGUUAGGUGUCUGGAAUAAGAAAACCUAAAUCUUCUCUAAUGAAAUAUACAUUUAUCCUAUUAAUAUUUCUCAAAUAAUAUACUUUCUAAAGAUAAUAAGCAGUAUACAAUGUACAGUUCAAAUAAAAUGCCAUUUAAGGGAAAAAUGACAAUGUGAAAGAGAAGCUUCAGGAUCAACUAAGAGCAGAAGGAAGCCAGCUAAGAGUUUAAAUACUUGCAGGUGAACCACAGAAUCUGAAAUAAAGAUACACUUGCACAUUUCUUCAAGGGGCAGGAAGCUAUAAAUAUGAUUAAGGGAAUUCAAAAAAGAGUAAAGUAGAACUUCUAAAAAGAAAAAAUGCAAUACUUAUAAUUAAUUCAAAAUACUAUGUAUGGAGUUAAUAGCAUUUUAGAUACAGAAGAAGAAAAAUUAUUAAACUGGAAGAUAAGGCAAAGGGGAUUUUCUAGAAUGCAACAUAGAUAGAAACAGAGAUGAACAAUGUAAACUCAAUAGUCAAGACUCUCCAAGGUAGAGUAACAAUGUCUAACUUAUGUCUGAUUGGAGAGCCAGAUGAAGAGGGAAUAUAGAGGAGAAAUAUGUUUGAAGGAAUAAUGGCUAGGAUAUAACUAAAACUGAUGAAAGGUACCAAUUUGUAUACAUAUAAUAAACUGAGACUCCAAAUAAAGAUAAAUUAGUACAUCCCUACGUUGACACACCAAAGUGAAAAUGCAGAGCAUCAAAAAGAAAAGGCAUGGAUGACUCCCACAGACAAUAUUGGGUGAGAGAAACACAGUGCAAGGAAUUUACGUAGUUCGCUUCCAUUCACAUAAAAUUAAAAAUCAAAACUGAGCUCGAUUGUUUAAGGAUGUAUAAGAAAGUGGUAAAAUUAUAAAGCAAGUAAGAAAAUGAUAAUUAGAAACAUCAAGAGAGUGAUUAUUUCUAUAAAGAAGGGAAAAAAUUAUAAUUGAGAAGGCAGGUAGAAGAUUCUGAGGUGCUGGAAAAUGUUCUAUUUCCUGACCUAAUCUAUGGGUAGAUGGGUAUUUCUUGUAUUAUAAUUCCUUAAACUACAUAUUUGUGUUUUAUAUAUUUAUUUAGUACAUUAUGUCUCUAAAUUUAAAGAUGAAACACACUAAUUUACUUUCACUGAAUGAACUAAGAUUGCCCUGAAAACGUUUGGUAAUACCAUUUCCCAAAUGCCUGAAUUUCUCACUUCCUCAGUUUUAGUUGUUUUCUCCAGCCUGUCAACUAGGGCAUAUUAUUUAAUAGAUAUAAAUGGUUCACAGAUAAUGAAAUAAGCCAUUCAUUUCCACUUAACAUUGCUAUAUCAUGCCUUUUUAGUUUUAACAUCACAACUAACACUAUGCAUUCAAUAAAAUUCUGAGAUGUUAAGCUUAGAUUUUUGGGUAUAGUUACAUACAAGUAAAGAAGAGCAGCAGGUUUGGUGCAGAUAAUUAUAUAAAGUUUGACAUAUUUGUUUAAGCUUCUUGUAAAAUACACAGAUGGAAAUAUUCAAUAGAUGGUUGUGAAUAGGUAUAACAGUGCAUUCCUAUUCUAGAGUCCAUAUCGAUCCAAAACUCAGAGAUUGUGGGGUCAGAAGUAGAUUUGUAAGUCAUCUGUUGAGAGGCCAUCUGUAUUUGUUUGCUAGGACUGCCAAACCACAGAUUGGAUGGCUUAAACAACUGAAAUUUACUUUGGCUAGAAGUCUGAGAUCAAGUUAUUGGCAGUGUUGGUUCCUUCUGAGGGUUGUGAGGGAACUACUUGUUCUAGGCCUCUCUCCUUGGCUUGUAGGUGACUGUUUUCUUCCUGUGCCUUCACGUCGUCUUCCCCCUGCACUGUCUUUGUCCAAACUUUCUCUUCUUAAAAGGCACCAGUCUAAUGGAUUCAUGGCCUUACUUUAAUUAUUUCUUUAAAGAUUCUAUCCACAAGCAGGGUUACCAUCUGAGGUACUAGGGAUUACGACUUCAACACAUAAAUUUUUUCAAUGUAUAAGGAAAUUUAGCCCAUAAGACCAUCAAUUAAAACCUCAGACAAGAUGACCUGGCCAAUGUGCAGAGCACAUUGAGAAAAGAGGGCUCUGAAAAAAAAGCCAUAUUCAGAAGAGGUAGAAGAGGACAGAGGCUGAGAAGGAGAUAGUUUAAAGAGAUGAUCAGUGAAAUGAAAAAUGGCAGAACAUUCAAUGAGGAUCUAUCUUGACUUAGUAAAGCAAAUGAACUUAGUGAAGCUAUAUGGUGACCAUUGAUAGAAAAGAGUUUGUAGAGUGGAAAGGAGUGGAAGACCAAUUGAAGUAGGUAAAGGAGUACACCUAAGAAGGCACAGUGAAAAUGGAAAGAUAGCAACGAAUGUUAAGAAGUAGUAGAGGAGCGUUAGAAAGAAGGAGCUGAUAUAAUCACUGUGUGGGUGAUUGUGCAGGGCAAAUGAUAGAGUGACCACUAAAAUAUGGCUUAUGAUUGAGCAUGAGAAAUCAUUUCAAUGCUACAAAUGCAGACAGAAGAUGCAGGUACAGAAUUUUUGUCAGGAAUACCGCUUACUAUAGACCUAUUUACCAGGGGAAGGCCAGUGUUCAAAUUCCUCCUAAAAUGUUAUUAAGGGAAGUUGAUAGGACAACUGCAAGUAUCAAUACCACUAUAACAUUCUACUCAUAACACUGGCAAAAUUUCUCAUUUAUGCUCCUAUAAAAUCACUAUCUGAGAGUCCAUUUCAACAUUGUAAGUUUCUUCUGUGUACUAAAUACUAUUCUAGGAAAAUGCUGAAAAUUUAAAUUGGAGGAGAAAAAAAUUACUGUAGAAAAUUAUUUCUUGUUUACAUCUAAUAUUAACUAUAUUUUAUAUAGUUAUGUUAAUUUAAAUAAUAUUUAGCUUAAAAUUUAAUUGUACUUUUCCUUCUCUUGGAAUUAAGCUUUCCACAUAACAAAAAGUUUUUAAAUUUUCAAAUAAUCAAUUUUCAAAUAUAAUUUCAGCUCAUAAUAUAUGGAAAAUGGGGAGCAUCUUGUUCCACCAUCCAGAUAGAUAUUAUUUAUCAUUUUCUGUACUUUCUUCUGGUACAAACAUUUCAUAAAAACAAACUGACUUACAGGGAGGGGAACAACACACACUGGGGUCUGUCUUGGGGGGAGAGGAAAGGUGAAUAUCAGGAUAAAUAGCUAAUGCAUGCAGGGCUUAAUACCUAUUUGAUGGGUUGAUAGAUACAGCAAACCACCAUGGCACAUGUUUAUUUAUGUAACAAACCUGCACAUCCUGCACAUGCAUCCAGGAACUUAAAAAUUAAAAAAAAAAAAAAAAAAAAAAAAAAAAAAAAAAAAAACUUGCCCAUACUGAUGCUAUUGUUCUUUCAACAGUUGACCUUUUCUCUGGCAUUGUAUCUUUAAGUGUAUAAACACUUAAGCCACAUCAUUUUGAAACAAGAAGGAGACAUUAGCCUAUUGUUCUUUCUGAUGGAUAUGCUUUAAGCUAUGUAUAGAAGUUAUGCAAUGUAUGUUUUCAUAUUAUUAGAUGAUUUAUCCAAUUGAUAUACUGUCACAAAAGAGUUAAAAUGCUUAAUGUUCUUGUAAAAGAGGCUACCUAGUGAGAAGUUUCAAAACAAAAUAAAUCUUUUUCCUAAAAAAAUUUUUUUAAGAAUACUAUUUAACAUUUGCUAAGUUGAUAUUAUUAAUUCAUGUGUAUAUAAUAUAUACUUUUUCUAUUAUGUUAUUAAUUCCACAUUCUUUGAAAUCUGAGAGGAUAAAAAAGCUUUCAUAUAUAAUCAUCAAAUCAGGAUCUUCAUGAAAAAUUUUAAAAACUCAUAGAAAAGCAACAAAUGUAAACAUAACAUGCUGUUAUAUUAUUGCCAUCUUGAGUUUUAGUUCCACUGUAAACCAAAUUUUAUCUAUGGUUAUUAACAUUAUAAUGGAAAAGUUCUAGAAAGCAUCAUUAAAACUUAGUAAUUAUUUUUCACUACUAGGCAAUUGUGAACUGUUAAAAUCAAACAAAGACUGUUAACACCACCAGUACAUUUGUCUUUUGUACUGACUCAUUGAGGAUGAAUCUAGGCUAGACGUUUCUAAUGGGGAAAACUCUUCUUAUCCAUCAUGUAUUCCCAGUUUAAGUACUGUGUAAAAUAACUGCAUGUUGUAUUAAACUGAAUUAUAUGUUAAUGUAAAUAGUUGCAAUAGUAAAACCUAUUUAAGAAUCGUUUUUGAAUAGACUAUUUAAAUCUAUUUAAGACUAAAUGACUAUUAUGACUAUUACUACUGCCAAUGUUAUUUAAUGUAACCUGUUUUUGAGCCCAAUAAAAUUAUUCACUAAAUCAGUCUUUCAAUAUUUACUAAGCACUUAUUUGUGCCAAGCUCUCUUCCAGGCAUUGGGACUCAGCAGUGAACAAAACACCCAGAGAUCCCUGCCCUAAUCAAACUUCGAUUCUACUGCUAAAGACAGAUAAUAACUACAUGUGAGUAAAUAGAUUACAUUAAGAUGUACAUUGGCUGGUGGUUAAGUGCUAUAGAGAAACAGAGCAGAAAAUAGAUACAGGGAAGGAGUGCAGUGGGGGUGAGAUUUAUGGCCUAAAGUAAGGUAUUCAGGAAAAGUAUUCAUGUGCAGUUAGUAUUUCAGCAAAGACAUAAAUGCAGUGAGGAAGUGGAACCUGGGAGAACUAGCAAUCUCACAAAAGUAUAAAAAUGUCUGCAAGAAAUUUGUCAUAAUUUAUUUCAAAAUUUGGUAUAAAAUAUUGAUAACAUGAUUUUCUUAGGCUAUCUAUCCAUCUUCUUAGACAUCUGCUUAAAACAUAUUCAAAUUAUCCACAUUUUAAAACCCUUACAUAUAGGGAGGAUUUAACUCAUUAAUGAUAAAAUCUAAUUAUAACUCUGAAAAAGUUAUUUUGGAGGAAGAACUACUUAUAGCAUAUAGAAGUGUGGCAGGCCAGGUCUCACUGAUGCAGGCCUCCAUAACAACUCUUUCAGCACUGACCGAGUGGUUAAGUUAAAUACUAAAAGCCAGUGUCAUUAUACAAAGGCUGGAAUGUAACACAAGCCCAUCAAGAGUUUUGCCUAGGCCUUUUUUGGGCCUUAAAGCAUGACAAAAUAAUGAAGGAAUUCUUAACAGGACCCAUUGAGGACUAAAAAAGUUUUACUGUGAGUCUAAAGAAACUCCCUAGGCCUCCAUAAACAAGUUUAUUGGGGAUCUGAAGGAACCCCCCCAAACCUCCAUGAUUUAGCAGGAGACAAGAUAGGGGUAAUCACCCUAGCACCUGGACCCAUUUACGUUAAGUAAAUUUACUGAGGCUCCAGAGGAAACCUUUCAGGACUCAGACAUUAGUUAUAGAUUAAAAGAAGUUAAUCACUAAUGUCUUUAGAUGAAUGCACACUUACACGUAGACAUAUAGCUUACAUGGUAUAUAGCUUAAGGUAUACAAGCUCUGGAAAACUUUGAAAUUUUGAGUUGCUCUGGCAACAAUUUCCAGGCCUUCUCCCUGCAACUGGUUGCAGAAAUUAAAACUCUUUUCCUCCCCAGCUCAUCUGCAUUUCACUAUUGAGCCAUGAGAAAUAGCAGCCCAAUGCUCAGUUUGGUCUGGCAACAGAAGUAAAUACUAGCUAUUUGUAAAAUAUUAAAAUAUGUCAUAAAAAUCUGAGUUUUAGUGAGGCAAGGGAGCAUAAUGUGUGGAUAUCUGAGGAGAGUAUUCCAAGGACCAGAAACAGCAGUACAAAGGUGGGAUGGUUUAUUAGCCUAUUUCAUACUUUUAAUAAAGACAUAACUGAGACUGGGUCAUUUAUAUAAAGGAAAGAGGUUUAAUUGACUCACAGGUCAGCGUGGCUGGGGAGGCCUCAUUACAAUCAUGGCAAAAGGGGAAGAAAACAUAUCCUUCCUCACAUGGCAGCAGGAAGAAGUGCCUAGCAAAGUGGGAAAAGCCCCUAAUUAAACCAUCAGAUAUCAUGAGAACUCACUAUCAUGAGAAUAGCAUGGAGGUGACUGCCCCCAUGAUUAAACUACCUCCCACUGGAUCCCUCCUACAACACAUGGGGAUUAUGAAAACUAAAAUUCAAGAUGAGAUUUGGUUGGGGACAUAGCCAAACAAUAUCAGAUGGUGAAUGUAAUUCCCAGUCAUGAUUGUAUCUGAUGAGCUCCACCAAUGGUUGGGAGGCCUCUGAGGCUGGAGUAGAGACAGUAAGAGCAGGUAGGUAAAAGGUGAAAUGAGAGAGUUGGGUCUGAUGGAGCAUGGCCUUGUAAGCCAUUUAAUGAUGUUGGUUUUAUUUUGAAUGAAAUGGGGCCAUGCAGAGUUUUGAGUGGAGAAACACAUGAUAGCCAGUUUGCACAGGACCAGUCUUGCUGAUGUCCUGAGAUUAGCCACAGUGAAUAAGUAGAUAAGCAGAGAGAUGAGCUGAAAGUCCAUUAUGGUAAUGUAGGCCAGAGGUGAUGUCAGCAUAAAUGAGGGCAAUCGGGGGUGCUGAGCAGAGGUUGGGCUCAAGAUGUACUUUACAGUAAAAAUUAAGAGGAUUUUCUGAUGGAAUGGGUAGGGGAUGGGUGAGAGAAAAAGAGGAGUCAAGGAUGGCUCCAAAUUGUGGGUAGAGGUAACUGGAAGAAUAGAGCCUCCAUUAACUGAGAUGAACAGACAUUGGGAGAAAGAAACACAUCUGUGGAAGGGAUGAAAUUCAAGUGAAGAUGAUUAAUAUGAGCUUGGAGGUCAGAGGAAAAGGCCAGGCUAGAUAUAUAAACUUGGAAGUAAUGAGCACAUACAUGGUACUUAAAUUCAUAAAAUUUGAGUAGAAUCCCCAAGGGAGUGAAUAACAAAAAGAGAUUCAAAUUUGAGCCUUAGAGCCCUCAUGCUAAUAGGCCUUGGGAUAUGAGAAGAAAUCAACAGACCAUAAAAGGAAGCAGCCAAUGAAAUAGAAAAAAACUUGGAAAUUGCAGAAGUGACAUAAAGCGUACUGAAAGGCAGGAAUUGAUCAACUGUGUUCAAUGCUGUUGUUGAGAGGUUAAGAAAAUAAGGACUGAAAACUGACCAUUAGAUUCACAAAAGGAGAUCAAUUACCAGUGUCCUGGCCAAAAGCACAUCUUGUGGAGUCAUAGAGUGAAAACUUGAAGGAACAAAGUUCGUGAGUGAAUAAGUCAGGAAGUAGCAUCUAUGAGCUGCUUUUAAAAAAAGAGAGCCAGAAAGUAAGUGAGUUCAACAAUUUUUUUUAAAACAGCUUUAUUGAGAUAUAAUUUACAUUUCAUAGCCUUGUUUUAUAUAUCCAUUUAUUUAUUUUGAGUUAGGAGAAAUAAGAUCAUGCAUGCAUGUAUUUAUUCUGUUGAGAAUAAUCCAAAAGAGAAGGAAAACCUUGAUGAUAUGGAUAGAGAUGAAUGAAUUGCUGGCAUAAAAUUCUUGGAUGGAAUCCAGUAUACAAAUGAAAGAGUUAACCUCUGGCAGUGGCACAGAGAGUUCAUCUGGAUAAAUAAGAAGGUAGGUAGAGUUUGAGUAGAAAGCUGGUAGAGUUUUUUUUGACAACUUUUGUUUUCUCAGUAAAACUGGAAAUAACGUUAUUAAUAGAAAGGGAUGUUGGGAAAGAGGUGUUGGAUGUUGGAGAGGAGAGAAGAUAUGAAAUAGAAGAGUGUGACAGCCAAUGAACUAAAAGAAUAAUUGCCUAGCUGUCUUAAGGGUCCAUCUGGGGUAAUGAAUUUGAGAUACACAAAUUAGCAUAUUUUACCCAGUUGUGUUCAUCUGCAUAGUGUAGUUGGGAGCAGGAAAGAGUUUAAUUUAAGCCAUGGUUAGGGUUGUGCCAAGCAAGUGUGAUGAAAUAUUCCCCUAUUCUCCUAAGCAAAAAGUAGUCUCACUUUCCUUGGAGCUUCCAUAGUGUUUCUCUUCAAUCUUGCUUAUUGAAAUGUUCUAUCUUGCAUAUAUUCUUGUUGCUCAACAGCCCCUAAUAACUUUGUAUCAUUCUAGUCCUCUAUGUGUCUAAGCCUACUGUGAAGCAUAUAGCAGAAUAAUUACAUCAUAAUGGUAAUCUAAAAAAUAGGAUUCCCGGGAUCAAAUCUUCUUCACGAUGAAGACAUAUAUGAUAAAGAAAAGAACAUCAUCAAUGGCAGUGUUACUAUAAGUCAUAUGUCUCAAAGUAUAGUAUAGCUACCUCUGAAAUAUACUUUUUUCUCUGUUGGAAAGAAGUCCUUUAUGAACUAUCUUUAUGAAUUUGUGAAUCAUUGAAAGAAACAGAGCUGGGCUUUGUAAAAAUGACAAAAUCAGUGAGUCAGUCUUUAGUCUCUUUAACCUUCAUUUGUUACCUCUUUCUCUGUUCUGGGAGUGAGUCCUCCUCUCCAGCACUAAAAUGUCUAUUGUUUACCAUCUCCAAAUGCCUGACUCAUAGAAAAAGCUCUGAUACUUAUACUGGUGUGAGAUUUAAUAUUGCAUAACUUUCAGUAAACGUGCCACCUUAACCAGGCAAAUGCAAUUGAACUGUUCAACCUGUUAAGUUCCGUGCCCUUUCAAAAUAAUUUAAGACUCAACAAAUAAACUAAACAGAUUUGGCCGGCCAAGGAGCAUGUGUAAAAGCAUUCAAUAUGCAUUGGUUGAAGCCCUCAGAACAGGUAGGAAUUAUUUAUUUGUUUUUAAUUAGUUGAGUAAUGAGUGGAUAAAGGGGAAGAAAAAGGAUGUUGGUCCAUACCUUUUCCCCCUUCCUGGAUUCCUCUGCUUUUCUGGGGAGAAUAAACUAAGGACUGCUUUCACUUUAGCUGCCGAAGUCUUCUUGGUAGCAAUUGGGAGCAGAUGAAGAGCAAAUGGCAUCAUUGAAGCUGUGGAGUUGGCCUUUCCUUUUUCUAAGUCCACCUGACUGGCACGAGAGAUUCCUCCAUUGUCAAUCCUCUCAAUCCUGCUUAUGAUAGACAAGACCAGAACUUCUCUGAGAUUCUAACUUGAACUUCUCUCUUUACCCAGGAUAUCUAGAUACAUAUUAAUGAAUGCUAUUUUCUAUUUAAAUUUGUUUUUGUCAUAAAACAUUCUUCUUAUGUUGUUUCCAUUUUAAUGUCUGUCUACUUACUUAUAUAUCUUAUUGUAAAAUAAAAACUUAUAUCAUUGGAGUCUGACAUAUCCUCGUGAAUAAUAAAGCUAUUACUGUACUGUUAUACAUCUUAGUACAUCUAUACCUGUACUUAUGCAAUAGUUCUAUAUUUUUUCUAAGAAAAUGCCUAAUAACAUAUUGAUAAGUAAAGAGUUCUUUGUUUCAAAGUAGGUUAAUGUUUAAAAUACAUUUUGUUGUUAAGGGAAAGACAAUCAGAAUAUUUGAGUUUCUUGAGGUAUUAAGACUCCUGCAGUGAUUAAUAGGGGGCAGAUAAAUGUGUGUAUCCUCAGCGUAUUUGGUUUUUAAUCCUGGGGCUUUUAGUUCCUGGCUUUGUUGUUUGCACAGGGCGGCAAGAAGGCAUGCUCUGGGUUUGGUAUAAGCUGGAUUUGGUCCAAAAACAGGAUGUCACAGGAGUAAGGCACUAAACUGACUGAAAAUAGAUUUCGUCUUUGACAGGCGAUGACAUUUACCUUUGCUCUCUCAUCACCAAGUUUACCACACCUAGCCCAUGAUGACAGACAGUGGGAUGAGUUGGUAUAAAAACCAAAGUUACAGGGGCCCUUGCGGACCUGUCUCUCCAGAAUGACUAUCCUCCAUUUCUAGGUCCCAAAUCAUAACCAUGAAGUUGAUCUUAUGGUACUUGGCUGUGGCACUUUGCUUCUGCUGCAAAGAUGUGGAAGCCCUAUUUUACCGACAGAAUUCAGGUGGUAAAACAGCUGCAAGCAGAUCAGGAGAGGCUGGAGACAAUUCCAGACAACGUCGAGAUACUGCACGUACAGAGUCAGAAGACACCCUGGCAGGUGGCUUUUCUUACAGUAGUUCAUCCUCUGGUGACUCAGACAGGAAAAAGCCACACUUUAGCUUAGAAAUUGGUGCUCAAGGUGAGGCUGAAGACAAGUCCAGAGACCGUCGGGAUGCUGGAAGUUCACAGUCAGAAGACACCCCAGCAGGUGGCUUUUUUUAUGGUAGUUCAUCCUCUGGUGACUCAGACAGAAAAAAGCCACUCUUUAGCUUUGAAUUUGGUGCUUCCGGAGAGGCUGAAGACAAGUCCAGAGAACCUCUGGAUGCUGAAAGUUUAAGGUCAGAAGACACUCCAGCAGCAGAUAGCACCAACACAAGACUUGGUGCUGGUUUUAGUAGCAGUGGUGCCUCUCUGAAUGUGGGAUUUGGUUUGGGGACCUCUGAUGAAAAGAGAUUGGAAGUCGGUAGAGCUGAUGGGAGUGAAACUAGAGGCAGUGGACCUGCUGGGGGUGAAACCAUAGUCUUUGGAUCUGAUGCAGGUAGCUCAGUUGGAACUGUUUCUUCUGGUUUGAAACUUGCAGCAGGGAAAGGUGAUGCUGCAUUUAGUUUUGAAGUUUCUGAUUCGAGUUCAUUUGGUGACAGUGGCAUUAUUAGCAAAACAGUUUAAGGAGAUCAAAUGAGUGGUUCUGGAGGAUCUAUUUCCUUUGAUUUAAGUGAUACCAGUUUAAGAAGUGAGAAUCAAUUUGUUGGUGGUGGCUCUCGAAAUCUGAUAUCCAAUUUAUGGGAUUCUGGCCAAGAGGGAUUUGGAAUCAAGGAAAUUGGAGGGAAUGGAGUGAGUGGCAGUGUAUCUGCUGAGGCUGGAUCCAAAGGUGUUGGAUCUGAUGCCAGUAGCUCAGGUGGCUCAAGUGCAAAAAAUGGGUUUGAAUAUUCUGGUGGUAUCUCUGAAGAUUCAGGAGUCAUAUUGGGGUCAUCUGAUCAACAUGGGUUUAAAGUCAGUAGAACUGGUGGGAAUAGAAAGAGAAGCAGUGAACCUUCUAAGGCUGGAAGCUUGAGUCCUGGAUCUGAUGUCAGUGACUCAGGAGGAAACACUUGGUCUUCUGGUUCUGGAAGUGGUGGAGAAAGUGUCACCAGUUCAUCUGAAUACAGUACGUCUGAACCACUCAAUACUCCAGAAAAAGGAUCCCAUAUUCCAGAAGCAACUCCAAAAUACUCAGAAACAAGUGCAAUUAUUGGUGAAGCGUCUACCUGGAGCAAAGGAGCAUAUAAAUCUUUCAAUGGCCGAAUCUUUUCCUUUGAAUCUUCAUGCCCGUACACUUUCUGUCGUCACUGUGUUGAAUCUGGAGGAGAUUUCAAUAUUGAGAUCAAACGAAACAAUGAUAGUGAGAUUGAAAAAAUAACAGUUCUCAUUGACAAUAAUGACAUCUCUAUUUUUGGUGACACUAUUUUAGUUCAUGGAGAAAGUGUACAGAUACCAUAUAACAAUAAGUUGAUUCACAUUAAAAAAUUUGGAGAAUAUAAUGUUCUGAAUAGCCGUAGAGGAAUCCUGACUUUAAUGUGGGACAAAAAUAACAAACUCUCACUAACUCUUCACAAGCAGUAUCCAACUUGUGGUCUUUGUGGUAACUUCAACAGCACUCCAGGACAAGAUAUUAAUGAGCACAUUGCCAAUAGUAAAAUUCCUGGUGAUUGUCCCAGUGCUGUUGGUAAAAGCUAUGAAGUUUGUGAAGAUGGAAUACAGUAUUGUAACAAAAUUAUUGGAACCUACUUUGAGAAAUGUGGAAAGGUUGUUGCUCUCUCCAAUGACUACAAAAUGAUCUGCAUUGAUGAAUACUGUCGAACUACAGACAAAACAUCCACAUGUGACACGUAUUCAGAACUGUCCCGCCUCUGUGCCUCAGAUGGUCCUGGCAUCUUUGAAUCCUGGAGAAGCGAUUCUGAUGUGGCUUGUGAAACACAAAGAUGUCCAGAACAGCAUAUCUACAAAGAAUGUGGACUCUCCAAUCCUGCAACUUGUUCCAAUGUGGCUCCUUUUCAAGACAGUGAAUGUGUGAGCGGCUGCACCUGCCCAGAAGAUUAUCUGUUGGAUGACAUUAGAGAGAAAGGAAAAUGUGUAUUAAAAGCUGAAUGUCCCUGUGAAUCCAACGGAAAAGUGUAUCAGGCAGGAGAAGUCCGAGAAGGUCCUUGUGGUUCUCAGUGCACAUGCCAAGAUGCAAAGUGGUCUUGCACUGAAGCAUUAUGCCCUGGAAGAUGUAAGGUGGAAGGAAGUUCCUUUACCACCUUUGAUGGUGUUAAGUACAACCAUCCUGGAAACUGCCACUUCCUGGCCAUUCACAAUGAAGAUUGGUCUAUUAGUGUUGAGCUCCGUCCAUGCCCAAGUGGUCAGACAGGAACGUGCUUAAAUAGUGUUACACUUCUCUUGAAUUCUUCUGUUCCAGUUGACAAAUAUAUAUUCAACAGUGAUGGAACAGUCACAAAUGACAAGAUUAGUAACCAAGGUUAUUACUAUUCAGAUAAAAUACAGAUCUUCAAUGCAUCUUCCUCAUACCUUCAAGUAGAAACAUACUUUCAUGUAAAACUACAAAUACAAAUUGUUCCUGUGAUGCAAUUAUAUGUUUCUAUGCCACCCAACCAAUUCACAGACACUGUGGGACUCUGUGGUUCCUAUAACAACAAAGCAGAGGAUGAUUUCAUGUCAAGUCAGAAUAUAUUGGAGGAGACAUCUCAGGCAUUUGCCAAUUCUUGGGAAAUGAUGUCCUGUCCUAAAGGAAACCCCUCUUCAUGUAUCAGUAUAGAAAAAGAAAAGUUUGCUGAAAGGCACUGUGGAAUUCUUCUCGAUUCAAGCGGGCCUUUUGCUUCCUGCCACCCAAUUGUGAACCCUAAACCCUAUCAUGAGGAAUGCAAAAAAUAUACUUGCACUUGUGAAAACAGUCAAGACUGCCUAUGUACAAUUUUAGGCAACUAUGUGAAAGUGUGUGCUGAGAAGGAAACAUACAUAGUAGGAUGGAGAACUGGCCUAUGUGAACAUUCUUGUCCAAGUGGCCUAGUUUUCAAGUACAACGUAAAAGCCUGUAAUAGUUCUUGCCGAUCAUUGUCAGAGAGAGAUAGAAGCUGUGAUGUAGAAGAUGUUCCAGUUGAUGGAUGCACCUGCCCUGAUGAAAUGUACCAGAAUAAUGAAGGAAACUGUGUACUGAAAUCUCAGUGUGACUGCUACAUAAAUGACGAGGUCAUGAAACCAGGCAAACUCAUCCACAUUGAUGACAAUAAAUGUGUCUGUCGGGAUGGAAUUCUUCUUUGCCAGAUUCCCAUUGAUUUAGCCCUACAAAAUUGUUCUGGAGGGGCUGAGUAUGUAGACUGCGGGGAUCCCAAAGCACAGAGAAGAACCGACAGAACAUGCAGCACUCGGAACAUACCUGUUUUUGAAGAGAACUUGCCUUGCAAACGUGGGUGCUUUUGUCCAGAAGGAAUGGUUCGGAAUUCUAAAGGGAUAUGUGUCUUUCCUGAUGACUGCCCAUGUUCUUUUGGUGGACGAGAAUAUGAUGAAGGAAGUGUCACUUCUGUUGGCUGCAAUGAAUGUACUUGCAUUAAAGGGUCUUGGAGUUGUACGCAAAAUGAAUGUCAAACCAUCUGCCACAUUUAUGGGGAAGGUCAUGUUAGAACUUUUGAUGGGAAAAGUUACAGUUUUGAUGGUCUCUGCCAGUAUUCAUUUCUUGAGGAUUAUUGUGGUCAUGAAAAUGGCACAUUUCGUAUUUUAACGGAGAGUGUUCCAUGCUGUGAAGACGGGCUAACGUGCUCAAGAAAAAUCAUUGUUUCUUUUCAGGAUCAGAACAUUGUCUUGCAAGAUGGUAAAGUAACAGCAGUCAAAACUACAGAGAGUAAGGAAUGUGAACUCAGUGCAAAUGCAUACUCCAUACAUACUGUUGGCCUGUACUUAAUUGUGAAAUUUCAAAAUGGAAUAACCAUGAUUUGGGACAAAAAUACAAGACUGUCUCUUAUCCUGGAUCCAAGCUGGAAUGGUAAAGUGUGUGGUCUUUGUGGAAAUAACAAUGGUGAUCUCAAGGAUGAUUUCACAACAAGAUACACUUCAGUAGCUUCUGGAGCACUGGAAUUUGGGAAUAGUUGGAAAACAAGCCAAGAAUGUUCAGAUACAGUGGCUCAGACUUUCCCAUGUGAUUCAAACCCAUACUGUAAAGCCUGGGCUGUGCGGAAAUGUGAGAUCCUCAGAGACAGCACCUUCAGAGACUGCCACAACAAGGUUGACCCCAGUGCUUACUAUGAUGCGUGCAUCGAAGAAGCCUGCGCAUGUGACAUGGAGGGGAAGUACCUGGGAUUCUGCACUGCUGUGGCUAUGUAUGCAGAGGCGUGUAGUGCAGUUGGAGUCUGUGUCUCAUGGAGAAAACCAAAUCUGUGUCCUGUCUAUUGUGAUUACUACAAUGCACCUGGGGAGUGCAGCUGGCAUUAUGAGCCUUGUGGCACAGUGACAGCAAAGACAUGCAAAGAUCAGCUCAUUGGACAGAAAUUUUCUUCACUUUUAGAAGGUUGCUAUGCUAAGUGUCCAGACAGUGCACCCUACUUGGAUGAGAACACCAUGAAAUGUGUCAGUUUAUCUGAGUGCAGCUGCUUCUAUAAUGAUAUCAUACCAGCAGGGGGAGUGAUCGAAGAUAAUUGUGGAAGAACAUGCUACUGUAUUGCAGGGCAGUUGGAGUGCAGUGAAACUGCUCCUACCAAUUCAACAUUUGCAGUUUCCACUACAACAGCUACCGCCAUAUUAAGCACUGGAGCAGCAAUUACACUGGUUACCAGUAGCCCAGGCACAGCAGCAUCCACUCCAGGGAUUACAACAUCAAGCAGUGAAACAACAGGAACGACUCUAGGUCCUCUCACCAAACCUUUUACUACAGGCAUUACUGAAACUCCAUUUCCCAUCAUCUCAACAUCUGGGAAUGCAGGCACAACACGAAUAGUGAGCCCCACCAUCACUCACGCUGUGGGCAUGGCAGGAACAACUGGAGGAGUGGAUGCAGCCACCACUGGAGCUGCUGGUGAAAAUACAUCUGGGAGAACAGGCACAACUGUGAUAUCAUCUGGAGCAACCCCUGCAGUCGGAGGUGGUAGUACCCCCGGAAAAGCAGGCACUGCAGCUCCAGUUUCUGGAAGCACAGGAGUUUCUACAGGCUCCACCACUGCCAGCCCUGGAGCCUCAGCCACAACCUCUGAAAGUAGCAAAGCAGGAACUACUGGACCCUCAGUGGGUGAAAAAACUAGAGCCACAAGCAGUGAAGUGACACCAUCUGAAGGCAUGUCAGGUGUAACAGGACAGUCUGUUGGAACUACUGCUGGAUCUGACAGUGAAACCACAACUAGAACAUCUUUCACUAGUUCCAACCCACCUGGGAAACUCACCAGGCCAACCCCGGGUUCACCUGGUCACUUUAGUGGUGGAACAACUGAAGGGAGAAAUGUAGCCACCACUGGAGCUGCUGGUGAAAACACUUCUGGAGCAUCAGGUCCAACAGAAGGGUCUCUGGAAGCCACCACCAGAGCAGGCAGUGGAAGCACAGCUGAAGCAUCAGGUACUGGGGCCCCUGGCCCUGGAAACACAGCAGUGUCAGGCACACCUGUGGUAUCACCAGGUAGCAGCACCCCCAAGGAAGCAGGCAUUGGAACCACCAGUCUUAGAAACUCAGGAACCCCAACAGUAUCUGUUGCCUCAACUACAAGAAGCCCUGUGAGUGAAAACACCAAUGCAGCCUCAGCCACAGCAGUGACAAUCUCUGGAAGCAAACCAGGCACGGCUGGAAUACCAGGUGGUGCAACUAGUGGAGGUGAAAUGACAUCUGGGUGGUCCGGCAGUGGUACCAGCAUGGGCUCUUCAAAUAAACCAGGGGCAACUAGAUCAUCAACUCGGGAGACAGAGACAACUGGACCAUCAGCUACAGUAAUAGGGAAUUAUGGACAAUCAUCUGAAAUAACAGGGACAAGUAAAUUAUCAUCUGAAGUUUCAGGGACAGUGAGGCCAUCAGAUGCAACAUCAGGAGCAACUGGAACAUCAGUUGUAGUGAAAAGGACUUCUGAACAAUUGUCAGGAGUCACAGGAGCAUCUGAACCAUCAGUUGGAAUGUCAGGGACAACUGAAUCAUUAACUGAAAUAUCAGGGACAACCAGACCAUUAAUUUCAGAAUUAAAAACAACUGGAUCAUUAUCUGGAGGGUCAAGGACAACUGAACCUUCAUCAAGAGAAUCAGUGACAACUGGACCAUUAGCUGAAGGUUCAGGGACAAGUGGAAAAUUGGUUAUAGGAUCAAAAACAACUAGAUUAUCAGCUACCGAAUCAGGGACAACUGGGUCUUUUACUGGAGGAUUAGGUACAAGUAAAUCAUCUGCUAGAGAAACAGGGACAACUGAACCAUCAGCUGAUGGGUCAAGAACAACUGGACCAUCCGUUGUGGGAUCAGGGACAACUAGAUUAUUAGCUAGAGUGACAAGAAUAACUGAACCAUCACCUGGAGUGGCAGAAACAACUACACCAUCAGCUGAAGAAUCAGGAACAAAUGGACCAUUUGUUCUACUGACAGGAGCAAGUGGACAGUCAGGCAAAGGAUCAGGGACAACUGGAAAAUCUGUCAUAGAAUCAGGACCAUCUGUUGUAGAAUCAGGGACAACUGGAACAACAUCUGCAGGAUUAGCAACAACUGCACCAUCAACUGGAAGAUUAGGUACAACAAGACCAUCAGUUGGAGGAACUGAGACAAUUGGACAAUCAGGUGAAGGAUCAGGAACAACAAUACCAUCAGCUAGAGUGACAGAUGUAACUGGAACAUCAGCUGAAUUAUCAGGAAGAAAUGAAUCAUCAGCUACAGGAUCAGGUACAAGUAGACCACUAGUUGAAAUAACAGAGAAAACUAUACCAUCAACAGAAGGAUCAGAGGCAACCGGACGGUUUGUCAUUGGAUCAGAAACAACUAGACCAUCAGUUAUAGGAUCACGAGCAACUGGAACUUCAUCUGGAGGUUCAGGUACAACAAGGUCAUCAGGUGGAGGAACAGGGACAACUGAACAAUCAACUGCAAGGCUAGAAACAACCGGACCACUUUUUGCAUUGACAGGAAAAUCUGGACAAUCAACUAUAGUGACUGGGAAAUCUUCAAAUUCAUCUGGAGUGAGAAUAACAUCUGAAAAAUCCCCUGGAGUGGCAAUGACAACAGGACUAUUGGUUGAAGGAUCAGCUACACCUGGACAAUCUCUUUUAAAAUCAGAGACAACUGAAUCAUCAGCUGGAGUUACAGUAACAUCUGGACAAUCAGCCAGAGUGACUGGGACAAAUGGACCAUCAGCCGGAGAGACAAGAACAACCGGACCAUCAACUGAAGGAUUAGUUUCAACUGUACCAUUUGUUAUUGGAUCAGAAACAACUAGAUCAUUAGUUAUAGGAUCAGGGACAACUGGAACUUUAUCUGGAGGUUCAAGUACAAUAAGAUCAUCACAUGGAGAAACAGGGACAACCAGACAGUCAAUUACAAGAUUGGAAACAACUGUAUCACUUUCUGGAUUGAUGGGAACAUCUGGACAAUUGGUUGGAGUGACUGGGAUAUCUCUAAAAUCAGCUGGAGUAACAAUGACAUCUGAAAAAUCAGCUGGAGUUGCAGUGACAACAGGAUCAUUUGUUGAAGGAUUCACUACAACUAGACCACCUGUUUUAGAAUCAGAGACCACUAGACUAUCAGGUAGAGUGACAGUGACGUCUGGACAAUCAGCCAGAGUGACUGGGACAGUUGGAGCAUCAGCUGGAGUGACAGAAACAACUGGACCAUCAACUGAAGGAUCAGGGGCAACUGUAUCAUCUGUUGUGGGAUCAGGAGAAACUAGACCAUUACCUGGUGAAUCAGGUACAACUGAAUCAUCAGCUGGGGUGACAGGGACAAGGCCAUCAUCAGGAGGAUCAGGGACAACUGAGUCAUCCUCAAUAAAAUCAGCAACAACUGGACCAUCACAUGAAGGAUCAGGAACAACUAGACUAUCAGCUGGAGUGACAGUGACAUCUGGACAAACAGCUAGAAAUACUGGGGCAACUGGAGUACCAGCUGUAGUGACAGCAACAAUGACACCAUCUUUUGUCAAAUCAGGGACAACUGGACCAUCUGUUGUAGGAACAAGGACAACUGGAACUUUAGCUGGAGGAUCAGGUACAACAAGAUUAUCAGAUGGAGAAACAGAGACAACUGGGCAAUCAGCUGUAAGCUCAACAGAAUCAUUUGCUGGGUUGACAACAUCUGGACAAUCAGCUGGAAUGGCUGGGACAUAUGCACAAUCAGCUGGACUGGCACUAACAACAGGCUUAUUUGUUGAAGGAUUAGUAACAACUGGAUCAUCUACUGUAGGACUAGAGACAGCUAGACCUUCAGUUGUAGGAUCAGGAACAACUGGCCCUCCUGUUGUAAAAGCAGAGACAACUGGACCAUCAGUUGGAUUGAUAGUGACAUCUGGACAAUCAGCUAGAAUGACUGGGUUAACCAGACCAUCAGCUGGAGUGACAGGAACCACAGGACCAGCAAGUAAAGGAUUAGGGACCACUAGACCAUCUGCUGUACGUUUAGAGACUACUGAACCAUCAGCUGAUGGAUUGGGAACAACUGAACCACAUAUUGUAGAAGGAAAGACAACUACACCAUCAGCUAGAGUGACAGUUACAUCUGGAGACUCACAUAGAGUGACGGGAGCAACUGAACUAUUGGCUGGAGUGACAGGAUCCACUAAACCAUCUGUGGUAGGAUCAGGGACAACUGGAUCAUCUGUUACAGGAGUAAAGACAACUGCAAAAACUUCAUCUGGAGGAUUAAGUACAACUACAUCAUCAGUUGGAGGAACAGGGACCACUGGACAAUCACCUGAAAUAUCAGGGACCACAGGACCAUCUGCACAAUCAGCUGGAGUGGUAAUAACAACAGGGCUUUUUGUUGAAGGCUCAUUGACAACUAGAAAAUCUCUUGUAGGAUCAGUAACAACUGGAUUAUCAGCUGAAGCUACAGGGACAACUGGACCGUCUGUUACUGGAUCAGGAACAACCAGACCACUAGUUAUAGGAUCAUGGACAGCUGGAACUUCAUCUGUAGGACUGGGUACAACUAGUUCAUCAGUUGGAGGAACAGAGACAACUGGACAAUCAGCUGCAGGAUCAGUGACAACAGAGACAGUUUCUGAAUUGACAGAAACCUCUGGUCCAUCAGCAGAAGUAACAGUGACACCUGGAAAAUUACCUGCAGUGACUCAGACAACUGGAUCAUCAGCUGCAGUAUCAGGGACAACUGUACAAUCUCUUAGAUCAUCACAAACAACUAGAACAUCAUCUGGAGAAACAGAAACAACUGGAUCAUUAGUUAAAGAAUCAGGGACAACUGAACCAUCAGAUGUAAGAUCAGGGACUACUGGACCAACAGCUGGGGAGACAGGUACAAAUGGACUGCCAUCUGGAGUGAGAGGGACAACUGGACCCUUAGCUAAAGUGACAGGGACAACUGGACUAUCAGCUGGAGUGACAGGGACAACUGGAUCAUCAGCUGGGGUGACAAGAAUAACUGGAUCACCAGUUGGAGUGACAGGGACAACUGGACUGUCAGCAACAGGGACAACUGGACUAUCAGCUGGAGUGACAGGGACAACUGGAUCAUCUGCAAGAUCAGGGACAAGUAUACCAUCGGCUGGAAAAACAGAAACAACUAGAACAUCACUUGAAGAAUCAGGGACAACUGGACCAUCAGCUGGACUAACAGGUACAAAUGGACUAUCAGCUGAAGUGACGGGGACAACUGGACCAUCAGCUGGAGUGAGAGGGACAACUGGACCAUCAGCUGAAGUGACAGAAACACCUGGACUGUCAGCUGAAAUGACAGGGACAACUGGAUCAACAGUUGGCUUGACAGGGACAACUAGACCAUCAGCUGGGGUGAUAGGGACUGCUGGUUCAUCAACUGAAGUGACAGGACUAUUUCAACUAUCAACUGGGGUGACAGGAACAAUUGGAUCACUAGCUGGAGUAACAGGAAAAACUGGCUUAUCAGCUGGAGUAACAGGGACAAGUGCACUAUCAGCUGGAGUGACAGGGACAAGUGGACUGUUAGCUGGGGUGACAGGGACAACUGGGCUAUCAGCUGGGGCGACAGGGACAAUUGCAUCACCAGCUGAAGCAACAGGGACAACUGGACUAUCAACUGGAGUGACAGGGACAAAUAGACUCUCAGCUGGAGUGACAGGGACAACUGGGCUAUCAGCUAGAGUGACAGGGACAAUUGGGUCAUCAGGGACAACUGGACUGUCAGCUGGAGUGACAGGGACAAGUGAACUGUCAGCUGGAGUGACAGGGACAAAUGUACUGUCAGCUGGAGUGACAGGGACAAAUUUACUUUCAGCUGGAGUGACAGGGGCAAGUGGACCAUCAGCUGGAGUGACAGGGACAACUGGGCUAUCGGGGGUGACAGGGACAAUUGGAUCACCAGCUGAAGCAACAAGGACAACUGGACUAUCAGCUGGAGUGACAGGGACAAGUGGACUGUCAGCUGGAGUAACAGGGACAAGUGGACUCUCAGCUGGAGUGACAGGGACAACUGGGCUAUCAGCUGGGGUGUCAGGGACAAGUGGAUCACCAGCUGAAGCGACAGGGACAAUCAGACUAUCAGCUGGAGUGACAGGGACAAGUGGAAUCUCAGCUGGAGUGACAGGGACAAGUGGAUUAUCAGCUGGAGUGACAGGGACAAGUGGACUGUCAGCUGGAGUGACAGGGACAAGUGGACUAUCAGCUGGGGUGAUAGGGACAAGUGGACUGUCAGCUGGGGUGACAUGGACAACUGGGUCAGCUGGGGUGACAGGGACAAUUGGUUCAACAGCUGAAGUGACAGGGAUGACUGGCCUAUCAGCUGGAGUGACAGGGGCAAGUGGACUGUCAGCUGGAGUGACAGGAACAAGUGGACUAUCAGCUGGGGUGACAGGGACAACUGGAUCAUCAACUGGGGUGACAGUGACAUUUGGAUCACCAGCUGAAGCAACAGGGACAACUGCACUAUCAGCUGGAGUGAGAGGGACAAGUGGACUAGGAGUGACAGGGACAACUGGGCUAUCAGGUGAGGUGACAGGGACAAUUGGAUCACCAGCUGAAGCAACAGGGACAACUGGCCUAUCAGCUGGAGUGACAGGGACAAGUGGACUCUCAGCUGGAGUGAUAGGGACAACUGGGCUAUCAGGUGAGGUGACAGGGAUAAUUGGAUCACCAGCUGAAGCAACAGGGACAGGUGGACAAUCAGCUGGUGUAACAGAGACGAGUGGACUAUUAGCUGGAGUGACAGGGACAAGUGGACUACCAUCUGGGGUGACAGGGACAAUUGCAUCAUCAGCUGGGGUGACAGGGACAAGUGGACUGUCAGCUGGGGUGACAGGGACAACUGGACUGUCAGCUGGAGUGACAGGGACAACUGGACUGUCUGGAGUGACAGGAACAAGUGGAUUAUCAGCUGGAGUGACAGGGAUAACUAGAUCAUCAGCUGGGGUGACAGGGACAAUUGGAUCACCAGCUGAAGCAACAGGGACAACUGGACUAUCAGCUGGAGUGACAGGGACAAAUGGACUAGGAGUGACAGGAACAACUGGGCUAUCAGCUGGGGUGACAGGGACAGUUAGAUCACCAGCUGAAGCAACAGGGACAAGUGGACUGUCAGCUGGAGUGACAGGGACAAGUGGACUAUUACCUGGAGUGACAGGGACAACUGGACUGUCAGCUGGGGUGACAGGGACAAGAAGACUAUCAGCUGGAGUGACAGAGACAAGUGGAAUGUCAGCUGGAGUGACGAGGACAAUUGGAUUGUCAGCUGAAGCGACAAGGACAGCUGGACUGACAGGGACAAGUGGACUAUCAGCUGGGGUGACAGGGACAAUUGGAUCACCAGCUGGAGUGACAGGGACUAGUGGACUCUCAGCUGUGGUGACAGAGUCAAUUGGAUCACUAGCUGAAGUGACAGGGACAACUGGACUGACAGGGACAAGUGGACUAUCAGCUGGAGUGACAGGGACAAUUGGAUCACCAGCUCAGGUGACAGGGACAAGUAGACCAUCAGCUGGGGGGACAGGGAUAACUGGACCCUCAGCUGGAGUGACAGGGACAACUGGACUAUCAGCUGGGGUGACAGGGACAACUGGGUCAUCAGCUUGGGUAACAGGCACAACUGGAUCAUCAGGUGGAGUGACAAGGACAACUGGACUGUCAGUUGAAGCAUCAGGGACAACUGGACUAUCAGCUGGAGUGACAGGGACAACUGGGUCAUCUGCAAGAUCAGGGACAAGUCUACCAUCGGCUGGAAAAACAGGAACAACCAGAACAUCAGUUGAAGAAUCACAGACAACUGGACCAUCAGCUGAAAUAACAGGUACAAAUGGACUGUCAGCUGGAGUGACAGGGACAACUGGACCAUCAGCUGGAGCAACAGGGACCACUGGACUAUCAGCUGGGGUGAUGGGGACAAAUAGACUAUCAGCAGGGGUGACAACGACUACUGGAUCAUCAGCUGGGGUGACAGGGAUAAUUGGAUCAUCUCUUGGAGUGACAUGGACAUCUGGGUUACCAGCUGGGGUGACAGGGACAAAUGAACUAUCAGCUGGGGUGACAGGGACAACUGGGCUACCAGCUGGGGUGACAGGGACAAUUGGAUCACCAACUGGGGUGACAGUGACACCUGGACUGUCAGCUGCAGUGACAGGGACAAGUGGACUAUCAGCUGGGGUGACAGGUACAAUUGAAUCAGCUGGGAUGACAGGGACAACUGGACUGUCAGCUGGAGUGACAGGAACAACUGGAUUAUCAGCUAGAGUGACAGGGACACCUGAACUGUCAGCUGAAGUGACAGGGAAAAUUAGACUCUCAGUUGGAGUGACAGGGACUACUGGACCAUCAACUGAAAUGACAGGGACAACUGGGAUAUCAGCUGGGGUGAUAGGGACAACUGGAUCAUCUGCAAGACCUGGGACAAGCAUAUCAGCUGAAAAAACAGGAACAACCAGAACAUCAGUUGAAGAAUCAAGGACAACUAGACCAUCAGCUGGAAUAACAGUUACAAAUGGGCUAUCAGCUGGACUGACAGGGACAACUGGACCAUCAGCUGUAAGAUCGGUUACAACUGGACCAUCAGCUGGCACAACCACUGGGACAGGAACUACUGGAGAGCCAGGAACUAAAGUUACAGCCCAUGAAGGAAAAACUGAAGAACCAUAUGGAACCACCCCUGGAGCAGGUGAAAGCAGGACCAGAUUAACUACACCUGGAAAAUCAGGUACCAUUAGCGUAACCACUGGCACAACUCUUGCCCCUAGAAGUUCCAACACAGGAACUUCUGGUGAUAUUUUGGGGAAAACUCCCAAACCUGGAAGUUUUGUCUUAGAGACCACAAAUGCUACAGGGACUCCUAGAGCAGGACUGUCAGGAGGCACCACUGUCAUUUAUUCUGAAGUCAGUACCAGUUCAGAAGUUUCCAACACAGGUAUCACUGGAGUAGGUUCUGAGACAUCUGUUGAAACAGGAAUUUCCAACACAGAAUUCACUAUUCCAUAUCGUGUCUCAGAGGCCACAAUUUCCACAGAACGUGUUGGCACCACUGAAGCUUCAUUCAAAAUAGCCAUAACUGGGGUGGCUCCCAGCACAACCCUUGCCCGUGGCAGUUCCAGUACAGAGGCCACAACUUCCAUAGAAGGAAGUGCGUUAACAAGAGGCGGAAUAGUGACAGCUGCCACUGGGGCAUUCUCUGGAAAGACUCUGGAACCUUGGAAUGACAAUACAGUCCUGCAGACUUCAUCUUUGCUUUCUUUUCUCUCAGAGGCCACAAGUUCCACAGGAGGGGUCCGGGCCACCAAAUCAGAAGCUCCAGGAGAAGCAACAACUAUCAGAGGAGGCAGGGGCAGUACUGAAAGUGAAUUCAGAACAGCCACCACUGGGGUAGCUCCUGGCACAACCGUUGCCCCUGGCAGUUCCAAGACAGAGGCCACCACUUUCCUAGGAGUAAGUGAAACAACACGUGUUGGAAGAGCCACAGGGGCCACAACUUCCAUAGUAGGGAGUGUCACCAGCCAAGCAGAACAUCCAGGAGGUACUUCUGGUGAAUUCCCAGGAACAACCAGUACAUAUGGAGAUUCCCACACAGAGGCUACAACUCUGACAGGAGGCAGGGGCAGUAUUGGAACUGAAUCCAGAGCAGAUACCACAGCAUACCUUGGAGGAAGUGGGACCACAAGAGGUGAAUUAGCCACAGUUACCAUUGGGGCAUUCUCCGGAAAGACUCUGGAACCUGGCAGUGACAACACAGGCAAGUCCAAAAGCACACAGGGAAUGCUACACCUUGGCUGCUCAGGUGACAGGCUCCUAGGGUUACAUAACCCUGUACUUCCCAAACUGCAGACUUCAUCCUUGCUUUUUUUUCUCUCAGAGGCCACAAUUUCCACAGGAGGGGUCAGCAACACCAGGUCAGAAGCUCCAAGAGGUACUUCUGGUGAAUUCCCAGGGACAACACUUACAUCUGGAGGUUCCCAUACAGAGGCCACAACUCUCACAGGAGGUGGGGCCAGUACUGGAACUGAAUCCAGAGCAGAUGAAGCCACCACGAGGGCAGCUCCUGGCACAACUCUUGCCCCUGGCAGUUCCAACACAGGGGCCACAGCUUCUCUAGGUGAAAGUGUAACGACAAGAGGUGGAAUAACCAGCGCUACCACUGGAGAAUUCUCUGGAAAGACUCUUGAACCUGGGAAUGAAAACACAGAGGCCACAAGUUCCACAAGAGGAAUCAGCAUCACCAGGUCAGAAGCUCCAGCAGAGGCCACAACUCUCACAGGAGACAGGAGUACUGGAAGUGAAUCCAGAACAGCCACCACUGGGGUAGCUCCUGGCACAACCGUUGCCCCUGGCAGUUCCAAGACAGAGGCCACCACAUUCCCAAGAGUAAGUGGAACAACAAGUGUUGGAAGAGCCACGGGGGCCACAACUUCCACAGUAGGAAGUGACACCAGCCAAGCAGAACGUCCAGGAGGUUCAACUGUGGUUUCACCUGGCCUCAGCAGUAGUUCACAGAGCUCCAGGCCAGGCACCUCUGUCACACCAGAGAGCUCAGCAUCUGAAAGUGAAACAGUUUUAGUUACUGAAUUCUCUGGGACAACUGCUAUAUCUAGAACUUCCCACACAGAGGCCACAACUUUAACAGAAGGCCGCAGCGUUCCUCCGUCUGGAUCCAGCCCAGGUACCACUCCAGCAUCAGGAGGCCAAGCAACUGGGAGCCUGACAGCCACCACUGGGGUAGCUCCUGGCACAACCGUUGCCCCUGGCAGUUCCAACACAGAGGCCACAACUUCUGUAGGAGAAAGAGGAACAACAAAAGUUGAAAUAAUGAAAGGUACCACUGAAGGAUUAUCUGGAACAACCAUUAUAUCUGAAAGUUCCACCACAGCAGGCAUCACUGCAGCGUCAGGGAAGCAAGCAGGAACCUCUGCAGUAGCUUCUGCCACAACAGUUGCCCCUGGAAGUUUCAGCACAGCAGCCACAGCGUCUCCUGGAGCAAGUGGAAUGACUGGGUUUACAACAACUACAAAGACCACAACUUCCCUAGGAGGAAGUGGCACCACUGGAGCAGAAAUAAAAUCAGCCACCACUGGAGCACCAGGAAGUAGGACAGGCACAGCUGGAAUACCCGCUGGUACAACAGUUGCCCCUAGGAUCUCCAACUCAGAAGCCACAACUUCUGUGAGAGAAAGUGGAAUAACAAGAGCUGAAAUAAUCACAGAGGCCACCACUUCCACAGAAGAGACGGGCACUUCUGGAACUGGAUUCAAAAUCGGAACCUCUGCAGUAGCUCUUGCCACAACAGUUGCCCCUGGAAGUUUCAGCACAGCAGCCACAGCGUCUCCUGGAGCAAGUGGAAUAACUGGGGUUACAACAACUACAAAGACCACAGCUUCCCUGGGAGGAAGUGGCAUCACUGCAGCAGAAAUAAAAUCAGGAACCACCACUACAGCACCAGAAAGUAGGACAGGCACAGCUGGAGUGCCCUCUGCUACAACAGUUGCCCCUGGGAGCUCCAAGUCAGAGGCCACAACUUCUUUGAGAGAAGGUGGAAUAACAAGAACGGAAAUAAUCACAGAGGCCAGAACUUUCUCUGGAGGCAGCGGGACCCCUCAAGCAGGACUACCCGGAGAGGCCACCACUUCCGUAGAAGGGACAGGUUCUUCUGGAGCUGGAUUCAAAACUGCAGGCAUCACUUCAGCCCCAGGGAAACAAGCAGGCACCUCUUGGGUGUCUCCUGCCACAACAGUUGCUCCUGGAAGUUUCCAUACAGUAGCCACAACAUCUUCUGGAGCAAGUAGAAUGACGGGGGCUGAACCCACCUCAGAGACCACAACUUCCCUAGGAGAAAGUGGUACUACCGGAGCAGAAAUAAAAUCAGGUACAUCUGGAGUGCUCUCUGCUACAACAGUUGCCCCUGGGAGCUCCAACUCAGAAGCUGCAACUUCUGUAGGAGAAAAUGGAAAAACAAGAGCUCAAAUAAUCACAGGUACUACUGAGGGCAUCUCUGGCAAAUUUCAGGAACCUGGAAGUGCCUACACAGAGGCCACAACUUUCCCAGGAGGCAGCGGGAACACCCGAGCAGGACCACCUGGAGGUACCACUGGAGAAUUGACUGGAAUGACCAUUGUAUCUGGAAGUUCUAACACAGAGGCCACGACUGCCACCGAAGCGACUGGUACUUCUGGAACUGGAUUCAAAACUGUAGCCACAACUUCUCCUGGAGCAAGCAGAAUGACUGGGGCUGGACCCGCUGCAGGGACCACAACUUCCUUAGGAGGAGGUGCCACCACUGGAGCAGAAAUAAAAUCAGGAGUCACUUCCGGAGCACCAGGAAGUAAGACAGGCACAGCUAGAGUGCCCUCUGCUGCAACCGUUGCCCCUGGCAUCUCCAACUCAGAGGCCACGACGUCUUUAGGAGAAAGUGGAAAAACAAGAGCUGAAAUAAUCACAGGUACUACUGCGGGCAAAACUCUGUCAGCUGGAAGUGCCCACACAGAAGCCACAACUUUCUUAGGAGGCAGCAGAACCACCCGAGCUGGACCACCGGAAGAGCCCACAGUUUCCACUGAAGAGACUGGUACUUCCAGAACUACUACUGUAGGCAUCACUUCAACCCCAGGGAGACAAGCAGGCACCUCUGGGGUGGCACCUGGCACAACAGUUGCUCCGGGACGUUUCAGCACAGCAGCAACAACUUCUCCUGGAGCAAGUGGAAUGUCUGGGCUUAGCACCACUUUAAAGACCACAACUUCCCUAGGUGGAAUUGGUACCACGAGAACUGAAAUAAAAUCAGGAGCCACCACUGGAGCACUGGGAAGUAAGACAGGCACAGCUGGAGUGCCCUCUGCUACAACAGUGGCCCCUGGGAGCUCCAACUCAGAGACCACAACCUCUGUAGGAGAAAGUGGAAUCACAAGUGCUGAAAUAGUCACAGGUAUUACUGAGGGCAGCUCUGGAAAAACUCUGGAAGCUGGAGGUGCCCACACAGAAGCCACGACUUUCUCAGGAGGCAGCGGGACCACCCGAGCAGGCCCACCAGGAGGUAUCACUGGAAAAUCUUCUAGAAUGACCAUUAUAUCUGGAAGUUCUAACACAGAGACUACAACUUCCAUUGAAGAGACUGGUACUUAUGGAACUGGAUUCAAAACUGCAGGCAUCACGACAGCUCCAGGAAAGCAAGCAGGCACCUCUGGGGUGGCACCUGGCACAAUGGUUGCCCCUGGAAGUUUCAGCACAGCAGCUACAACUUCUCCUGGAGCAAGUGGAGUGACUGGCACUGGACCCACUGCAGGAGCCACUGCUGGAGCACCAGGAAGUAAGACAGGCACAGCUGGAGUGCCCUCUGCUACAACAGUGGCCCCUGGGAGCUCCAGCUCAGAGGCUACAACUUUCUCUGGAAUCACUGAAGCAGUAACAGUCCCAGGAUCCAUGACCACUGCACCAGGGAGCCAACUGUCCAGCAGUCAAACGGUGAUUCCAGGUGCCAGCAGCAUCAUCUCUCACACAGCUGCUGAACCUGGAAGUUCUGUUAUAGGCACCACUGGUGUGGCCUUGAGCACAACUGUUGCACCAGGAAGUUUCGGCACAGAAGCCAUAACUUCCACGGGAGUCGGUAGAACCACUGUAGUGGGAUGGAAAACAGGAGCUACCACUAGAGGAUCAGCAAACCAAGGAGCUGGAAGCACAAUAGAAGCUACAACAUCCUUUAGAGGCACUGGGACCACAGGACAUGGAAUGAAUACAGGUACUACGGGAGUGGUCUCUGGCAACAACAUGUCACCUAGCAGUUCCAACACAGAAGCUACCAGUGGCACAUCUGAGAGACAAAACCCUGGAAGUGAAAUAGGCACCACUGGUAUAGUCUCUGGCACAACAGUUGCAUCUGGAAGUUCCAAUACAGAGGCCACAACUUCUUUGGGCAAUGGUGGAACCACUGAGGCUGGAAGUAAAAUAGUUACCACUGGGAUAACUACUGGCACAACCAGUUUACCUGGGAGUUCCAACACAAAGGCUACGGCUUCUACAGAUGUUGGAGCCACCACUGGAGUUGGAACAGCAACUGUUUCUUCCAAGGGAGCAUCUGACACAACCACUGCUCCUGGACUUCCUACCACUGCAGUCACAGCUUCCACAGGAGUAAAAGAAACCUCUGGAACUGGAGUGCAAACAGGCUCCACCUUGGUUGCAGCUGGAGUCACAACAAGACCACAAGUAUCCCAGCCAGAAACCACUGUCGUAACAACCAAAGAAACUGAAAACAAAACAGAAUGUCUAAUAUCACUUCCACCAGCUCCAGUUUGCCAUGGUCCCCUGGGAGAAGAGAAAUCUCCUGGAGACACAUGGACUGCCAAUUGCCACAGAUGUACCUGUACAGAUGCAAAGACUAUAGACUGUAAACCUGAGGAGUGUCCUUCUCCACCCACAUGCAAAACCGGCGAGAAGCUUGUGAAGUUCAAAUCUAAUGACACCUGCUGUGAAAUCGGAUACUGUGAACCAACAACAUGUUUAUUUAACAAUACUGAUUAUGAGAUUGGUGCUUCAUUUGAUGACCCCACCAACCCCUGUGUUUCCUACUCCUGCAAAGACACUGGCUUUGCUGCAGUAGUCCAGGACUGCCCAAAGCAGACCUGGUGUGCAGAAGAAGACAGAAUCUAUGAUUCAAAAAAAUGUUGCUAUACAUGUAAGAAUAAUUGCAGAUCGUCCCCUGUAAAUGUGACUGUUAUCUACAGUGGUUGCAAGAAAAGAGUUCAGAUGGCAAAAUGCACAGGGGAAUGUGAAAAGACUGUCAAGUAUAAUUAUGACAUCUUACUCUUGGAACAUUCAUGCCUUUGCUGCCGAGAAGAAAACUAUGAACUCCGAGACAUUGUUCUUGACUGUCCUGAUGGCAGUACAAUCCCUUACCAAUACAGGCACAUCACUACCUGCUCUUGUUUAGACAUAUGUCAACCAACUAUGACCUUCAUGUACAGUUAAUGCUGACAUCACCUUCCCAGUUUUAACAGGCCUGGUAUUUAUUUUACAAGUGAACAAAAAUAAUCAUUUAAAGAGUGAGAAUAACUAAACAUUUGUAUCUUGCUCAAAACAAUGGGUUCUCAUUAUGAGGAAUUUUGUUCUCUUGUUGACUAGAUCUGAAAAAUAAACAAAACUUUAC